AUGUCUGAGACACUAGAGCUUUCGCCUCGUUCAGACGACGACGGCAUGCUCUCAGACCUGCCUCAGCUCAAUCACGGCAGCUCGUUAAGUUCCAUCGCCAUGGACGACGAAAAACGAUGGUCUCCGUCAGAAGUGGGCUCUGAGUCGGAUGGAGGCAAAGAUUUGGGCAACACGGUUUAUUCGAGUGCCUCUGAGCUGGAAUCACAGCUGGUGAAGGCGAAAGAGCCUCGAAAGAAGAAGGGGAAAGCGCCUACGCCAGGGCUGGGGCUGGGGCUUCUGCCGAAACAGAAAAAGAAAGUAAGGAGGAAGUCUAGGAACCUGGAUGUGUUUCUGGAGAAGUCUCACCGUUCAGAGCUUCAUGGAAGCGGUUACACGCUGACUCCAGCAGCAGGCAAAAUAUUUCGGAACUUGCUUAUCUUGGAAGAGAGUCUUCGACAACAGGUUAUGCAACAACGGGCGCUUCGAAGAAAGUACUUGACGUUUUUGGCAGUUCUCUGCUCUUUAAUUGCAUUCAUUUCUCAUCACUUAUAUUUCAAUGACCACAGCGCCUCAGUGAGAGUGCUGCUCCAGCUCAUGCUUCUAGCGCUUUCUGUGACCUUGAUGCUAUACCACUUAUCUGGUGAGUACCAAAAGACAAUUGUUCUUCCGAGAAAGUUUCUCUCGUCAACAAAUAAAGGCUUGCGCCAACUCAAUUUGCGUUUGGUCAAGAUAAAAACCUCCAUGACCGACACCACUGUCGACCUCAUACGAGAGGCAGGUCUUUUUUUGUGUACUAUGUGUCUACGAAGCUGUCACACUGUCUACCCAUCUAUGAUACAGAACCCAAACUCCAGAUUAGAGGUGUUUUUGGUCUCGGCUCAGCUGCAGUGCCAGCCACGGUUCGGCCUAACCGACGUGAAAUUGACUCUCUUACCUCGUUCGUUCAACACUGAUAUCCGAGAGGGAUGGGAGCUAUACAGAAAUGAGUUCUGGGUGAACGAGGGCGUCAGAAGAAGAAUCGCCAUGAUGGAGUUUGUCAGUGGGCCCGCAGAAGAUAAACUGAGGGCAAAGAAAGAAAAGAAGGAGCGUCGCAAACCUAGAAUCCCAACGGCAAAGGACCUUCCAAACCCCCAUCAGGCCAACCCGGCCAAUUUGGACGGAUUGUUCCUGCCCCAGGAACUCUCCAAGGAGAAUCUUGAGGCUCUAGGAAAGGCGGAGAGUCUCGAUAUGGAGGCUUCUUUUUAG